AUGCAUAUCAACGACGAAAGAAAUUGGUAUCCGGUACUAGAAGUUGCCGUACAAAAGGCGUCUAAAGGAUGUGUGGACACCUCUGAAAAGUACCCAUCGCCUAGAGGAUUUCAAGGAAAAUCCACCCCUUUCCGAAAAGCGAAUAAAGAUCAAUCUUCUGAUUUAUCCAUCAACACCGAAAAGCAAAAUGCUGAAAAGGCUCUUGUACUGAAAAAAGCAUGGGAGCUUGCAUACUCUCCUCUUAAACAAAUCCCGAUGAAUUUGGUUUUCGCUUACAUGUCGGGUAACUCUUUGCAAGUUUUCAGUAUUGUCACCACAUUUAUGUUGUUUUUAAACCCAUUAAAAGCAAUAUCUGCUUCUGGUGAUGCCUUUGCCUCUUUUCGCUCUGUCCAUCCCAACGCCAUGUGGCUUCCGAUGAUAGUUUACGUCCUUUCACAGUGCUUACUUAUGGCCGUUGGUAUUUACAAGCUUCAAAAAAUGGGUCUAUUACCUACUACAACUAGUGAUUGGCUUGCUUGGGAAGUUCCCAAGCAUUUCGUUGGGCGCUCUUUUCAUCCUUCCAAGUAA